AUUGUCCAAAUUCACCUCCACAUUGUCUAGGCAUGGACAUCGUCGAGACGUCGUGGAUAGAGGAAUCGCUCCAUCCCAGAGCGUUUGGCGCCACCAUCCGGAGUCGUUGGAGCCGCGCCUGCGACGUCACGUGGUCGCCGUUGCCCCCUCGAGGUACGGUUCCUUUCUUCCUCGAGAGAUGGAGAGGGAGGGUUGGGGGAUGUCGCGACCGCUCGCAUCCGUGCUGGAUCCGAUGGCCGGUGGCCGGCGACCGACGCGCACACCCGUGUAGGAUCCGAUGAAGCAGGUGGAGGCGAAGGUGGGGCACCGGAGCCAGGACGGGGUGGAGAUGGAUCCAGCGGCUGCGGCCGCGCUCGAGGGCCACCUCCGCGCCUCUUUGUUGAGGUAGCCGCGCAGGGUAUCCAGCAGUUGUUUAACUGAAUAUGUUCAGUGCAGGUUAACUGAAUAUGUGGCAGUGCAUUAGCCAUGCAGUUUAACUGAAUAUGUUGAAGAAACGUCUGCAUUUGUGAAAGUAAAAUCUACCAAGGGGAAGAAAUGGUCUAGUCAAGAGGACGAUUUGUUGGUGGCAACAUGGGUGCACACUAGUCUGGAUACUUCAAUAGGAACGGAUCAAUUCAAAUUCUUUUUGGGAUAGGAUUUAUGAUUACUACAGCACACGCAAGACUGAACGUGUUUCAAUUACAUGCAUUGAAAUGGUAGUUGAAUUGGUAGUAGGAAAAUAAUAUUAAAAUAUAGGAGAGAAUAUAGAUGUUCUAUAUAUAAACAUUCUGCUGCAAAACUCAAUGUGUAUAUAAAGAAUUUUUAUAGACCAUUGUUUAUAUGGAUAUAUAGAUAUCUAAAUUUACACGUGCUGUUGGAGAUGCUCAGCCAGUCACGGCGGCGGCCAUGGAGAUCGAGGUCUCGGCGGACGACGUCGCGUACGAGGAGGACGUCCUGCGGGAUCCCUUCAGCCUGUCCGGCUGGCUGCGCUACCUGUCGGCCCGCCGCGCGGCGCCGCCGGCGAAGCGCGCGGCCAUCUACGAGCGGGCGCUGCGGGCCCUCCCCGGGUCCUACAAGCUCUGGCACGCCUACCUCACGGAGCUCGGCGACGCCGCGCGCGCGCUGCCCGUCACCCACGCCGCCCACGCCGGCCUCGACGCCGCCUUCGAGCGCGCGCUCGCCGCCGGCAUGUCCCGGAUGCCGCGCGUCUGGCACAUGUACGCCUCCUCGCUCCUCCACCAGCGCCUCCUCACCCGCGCCCGCCGCGUGCUCGACCGCGCCCUGCGGUCGCUGCCCGUCACGCAGCACCACCGCGUGUGGCCGCUCCACCUCCGCCUCGCCUCCCUGCCCGACUGCCCAGCCCCGACCGCCCUCCGCGUGCAUGGCCGCCACCUCCAGUUCAACCCCGACCACGCCGAGCAGUUCAUCGCCUUCCACCACCUCGUCUCUGCCGGCAGAUGGCGGGACGCCGCCCACCACCUCGCGGCGGCCAUCGACGACGAAGGCUUCGUGUUCGUCAAGGGCACAACGAAGCGCCAGCUCCUGCUUGACCUGUGUGGCCUGCUCGCCCAGCACCCGGAGGACGUCGCCGGUAUGCCGGUGGACGCAAUCCUCCGCGGCAGCAUCCGCAAGUUCCCCGAGGAGGCCGGCGUGCUGUGGACAUGUCUGGCCAGCCACUACGCGCGGAGAGGCCUCCAUGGCAAGGCGAGGGACAUGUUCGAGGAGGCCACAACCACCGCGACCACCGUCAAGGACUUCCGGAUGGUGUUCGACGCUUACUUGCACUUCGAGCACGCCAUGGCCGCCGCGGAGCUCGAGCUCGGGCAAGCGGACACCGUCGACGUCCAGGACUGCUGGCUCGCGGACCGGGACAGCACAGACUUGGCGAUGGCGAGGCUGGAGCGGCUGCUCGAACGCCGGCCGGAGCUGCUCAACAGCGUGCUGCUGACGCAGAACCCGCACGACGUCUAGGCGUGGCACGAGCGGGCCAAGAUCUUCCACAAGGAUCCCGCGAGGCAGGCCGCGACCUACGUGGAGGCCGUCAAGGCCGUGGAUCCGGCGAAGGCGACGGGGAAGCCGCCGCACACGCUCUGGCUGGCGCUGGCCAGCAUGUACGAGGACCGUGGCACCGUCGACUGCGCCCGAGACGUGCUCCACAGAGCCACGCAGGCGAACUUCACGGCGGCGGAGCACCUCGCCGCGGUUUACUGCGAGUGGGCCCACAUGGAGCUGAGGCACCAGGAUCCCGACCGGGCCAUCGACCUCAUCCGGCGAGCGACCACGCCACCGUCGACCGAGGCCAUGACUCGCGCCGCUGCUGCCGGCGGCGAGGACGUUCGGGCGAAACUGCACCGGUGUCUCAAGCUGUGGCUCGUGUACCUGGAUCUGAUGACAACGCACGGGUCGCUCGAGUCCACCUGCGCCGUCUACGACAAGAUGCACGACCUCGGCGUCGUCACGCCAUUGCUGGUCCUCGACCACGCGACUCUAGAUUAUUCAACAGCGACCCUCCUCGAGCAGCACGGGCGGUUCGAGGACGCGUUCUGUGUGUACGAGCGGGGCGUCAGGUCCUUCAAGCACCCGCACGCCGACGCCAUAUGGGAGGCGUACUUGACCAAGUCCGUCCAGCGGCACGGGAGGAGCAGGCCGGAGAGGGUGCGGGACCUGUUCCAGGCGGCCGCCCUGCAGGCGCCGCCGGAGAGGAAGAAGGCCGUGUACCUCAGAUACCCGAGGUUCGAGGAGGACUUCGGCCUCGCGAGCCGCGCCAUGAAGGUGUACGAGGAGGCCACGGGCGCCGUCCCCACCGGCGACAGGCUCGGGGUCUACGGGGUGUACGUCGCGCGGGCUACCGAGCUCUACGGCCUUCUGAAGGCGAGGGACGUGUACGGCCAGGCGAUCGUCGGCGGCGGGCUGCCCGACGAGGGCGCGAGGGCGAUGUGCGUCGGGUUCGCCGACAUCGAGAUCGGGCUCGGGGAAGUUGCGCGCGCUCGGGCGCUGUACGCCUACGCGGCGGCCUUCACGGAUCCCGGGGUUUGCCAUGAUUUUUGGAAGCGGUGGAACGACUUUGAGGUGCGGCACGGCGACGAGGGUACGUUCAGGGAGAUGCUCCGCGCGAAGAGGACCAUGGCGGCCGUUGCCAGAGAUGGAGCCGGGGCGCGGUGUGCGACCGGCACCGGCGGCGGCGUGGUGGAGCAGGGGCUGUGCCCGUGCGCGGGACAACGACUCGACGUUGCUCGGCAAUCCAAGCGGAUACGCCUAGUGUAG